CCCCUCACCCCAGGCCCGGUUCCAGGGCUUUCUCAGAAUGCGAAAGGCUCGCCUCCCACUGGUAGAGCCCCCCCCCCAUUUGACCCAUCUGUGCCAGCCCGGACCAAAAGGGCAGACCCCAGGCAGGGAGCCCUCCCCCCUUCAGUCUCCCUGAGCGUCUCAGCUCCCAGAGCCUCGAGCCCUUGUCUGUGAAACGGGACAGUAGCCGGGAGAUGAGCCGAUGGAGCCCGGGAGGCAGCACGGCCCGCGCACCCCGACCCCGGCCUGGACCUCCCGGGGGUUUCAGACUGGCAGGCAGAGCCAACGAGGGGAGAGAUCUAGGUGACUACCCGGGAUUAGCACUGGGGCUAGAAGGAUGGAAGGAUAUCUUUUUGCUGGGUGGCCGGGGUUUGCUGUUUCUUGCUAUCCUGACUUUCAUUAUUUCGAUGACUGCCCCGUGGCUUACAUCUCGAGCUCCAUCCAAAGUGUGUUCAACAGUAACCGAGGAUGAGAACAAAAGAAGGCAGAAACGGGUAAGAGAAGAGCAGCAGGAGACCUUGAGCAGCAAGAGCAGUGGAUACCUGGAGAAUGUGUUGAAACCUCGGCAGGAAAUGAAACUGAGAAAACAGGAAGAACGUUUCUGCCGAAUGACGGGCGAAUCCUGGAGAUUACUUGAGGGCUGCAAGCUUGGGGGCCCUGAAGAGCCAGGGCUUGCGGGUGAAGAUGGAGCGCCCGGGGACACCCCGAGCAGAAAGGCCUCCAGGAGACGGAAGCUGCCCGAACCCGCGAGCCGUGUUUCAGCAUCUCCUGAGCAGCCUCGAGCAAAGAAGGUCCUGGCUUUACCUGAAGAACCUCCUGAGACAGCUGCAGAAGUGGUGGCGGUCGCUCUCCGCUGUCCUGACGGACGAAUGUUCCGAAGGAGGUUUUACAAAUCGUGUAGCGCCCAGGUAUUGUUGGACUGGAUGAUGAAGGUGGGGUAUCACAGCUCCAUCUACACCCUCUCCAAUUCCUAUCCCAGAAGACCUUUGGAAGUGGGAGAAGACCAGACGCUAGAAGACACUGGCCUGACCACGGACACUGUGCUGAAUGUGGAAGAGAAAGAGCCCUGCCCCUCACCAUGAAGUGGGGACUGGGGGACCAAUCAGAAGAUGAUCGACAAGCCCUGGCUGUAAGCAGCAUGGGGCUUCACGCAACAAUCAAGCUAAAUGGUAAAUGGGCCUUUUUUUCACAGGCAAACACGUUGCCCGAGGUUGAUGCCCUUGUUUAUAAAUGGAUCCACUGGUCAAGUGGGGACCUCGAGAAUAAAUGAUUCACUGCCUCCUA